AUGGAACAGCUCAUCUCAGACCGGGGUAGUCAGUUUGCAAGCGACACCACGCGCACGCUCCUGACCAAGCUUGGUGUCACGUCCUCCCUCAGCACCUUGUACCACCCUCAGACGGAUGGCCAGACAGAGCGCUUUAACCAGGAGCUGGAACAGUACCUUCGCGCCUUCUGCAACCACCGGCAGGACGAUUGGGUGGACUGGCUUCCCAUUGCCCAGUUCGUACAUAACUCCCAAGUCCACUCUGCAACGGGCAAAUCACCAUUCGAGCUUCUCUACGGCUUUGCGCCCCGCGCUUACCCUCCACUGGUCACGUCCUCACGGUUCCCCAAGCUCACGGAACGGCUCCGACACCUGGAGUCAAUCCGUGAGGAGGCGCAGGCCAGUCUACGCAUCGCCGCCGACCUUAUGAAGGACCACCACGGCGCCAGCGACACCGCGUACAAGGCGUACAAAGUGGGUGAUAAGGUGUGGUUGGAAGGGAGGAACGUCAAAACCGUCCGUGCGAAGGCCAAGCUCGACGCCAAACACUAUGGCCCCUUCACCGUCACAGAAGUUAUCGGCAGCGACCCUGAGAAGGCCCUCAACUUCCGGUUGGACAUCCCUAAGACCUGGAAACGUAUCCAUCCGGUCUUCCACGCCCAUCUCCUAACCCCCUAUGUAGAGACACCGGAAUAUGGCCCCAACUUCCUGCAGAACCCGCCAGAUUUGGUUGACGAUGAGGAGGAGUAUGAGGUGGAGCUCAUUAUGGACAGUCAGCCAACUCGGAACAAGUGUGGUUUCCAGUACUACAUCAAGUGGGAGGGUUGGCCGGACAUCUACAACCUCUGGAGGCCGAUGUCCGCGCUGACGAAGGCCAAGGAGCGCAUAGCUGAGUACCACAAAAAAUCCUCGUGCACCACGCCCACAGAACAUAGACAAAUUCCUAAAGGACACCUAAACGGCAUGCUCCAGGUGCAAGCAUGCCUUAACCAGAGGACAGGCCACCGCAAGCGUGGCAUAGACGGGGCAUUUAUGCCUUUUCCAUACAAGACUCAUAUACUGUAUUCUUCAAACAAAAGGAUUGUCAUAUAA